GCAAAGCUGAGGGCGCGGUUAGUGCCGUCACAGGUCUGUAACCAGGAGGGAGCGCAUAUCAUGUGGCCCGGUCUGCGAGUGCUCCGCCGCCCGCUCAGCUCUCUGGCAGCUCGGGGGCUUGUGUACGAGAAGCACGGGGAGCCCUUGCAGGUGCUGCGAUUGCAGAAUGUGGAGGUUGCAUCCCCUUCUGAUUAUGAUGUUUGUGUUAAAAUGUUGGCAUCCCCCAUAAAUCCUUCCGAUAUUAACAUGGUCCAAGGCACCUAUGCACUUUUACCUGAGUUGCCUGCUGUCGGGGGCAAUGAAGGAGUAGGAGUUGUUACGGAGAUUGGGAAUCAUGUAACUUCAGUUCGGCCUGGAGAUUGGGUUAUCCCAGUGGAUGCUGGACUUGGUACAUGGCGUACAGAGGGAUUGUUCAAUGAGGAAUCUCUAGUCAGGGUUCCUAGUGACAUCCCUGUGGUGGGAGCAGCAACCGUGAGUGUCAAUCCAUGCACUGCAUACAGAUUACUGUCUGACUAUGAGACGCUUCGGCCAGGUGACUCUAUUAUACAGAAUGCUGGUAACAGUAGUGUGGGUCAGGCUGUUAUACAGAUUGCAGCCUCUCUGGGGAUCACUACCAUUAAUGUUGUGCGAGACAGGACAGACCUCAAGAGUUUGGUGCAGAGGCUCCAUGACUUAGGAGCGGAUUAUGUGAUCACAGAGGACAUGCUCCGCAAACCAGAGAUGAAAGAGCUAUUCAAGCAAUGCCCACGUCCAAGGUUGGCAUUAAAUUGCGUCGGAGGAAAGAGUACUACUGAGAUGCUGCGUCAUCUAGACUACGGUGGCACUAUGGUGACUUACGGUGGGAUGGCUAAGCAGCCUGUAACUAUUCCUGUGAGUGCAUUAAUAUUUAAAAAUGUGAAGUUGUGUGGAUUCUGGGUAACCCAGUGGAAGAGGGAUCGAGCACAAAAUAGAGAAGAAGUGACCAAGAUGAUCCGGGAUCUUUGUGACCUGAUUCGCCGGGGCAAGCUAGUUCCACCCCCAUGCACAGAGUGGCCGCUGCAGGAGUUUUCUAAGGCCAUGCGGGAUGCACAGACCCCAUUCCUAUCUCGCAAACAGAUCCUUAUAAUGUGAACUUUGCUUCUUUUUUUUUUGUAGGAUUUAUUGGUCAUUACUUUAUGCCUAACAUGCCAUCUAUCAAACUAAUAGCACCUAUGUGUUUUCCAAGGAUAGAUGAGUGUGUGUGUAUAUGGUUGGUUAACAAGUGGAGACAAAAAAAACAACUCAGAAUGACGUGUACAUAUACAAUUUAUAUGUAACACGACCUCCAAGCGUAUAUAAAUACACAUUCAUGUAUAUCUUGUUUGAAUAUUAUUGUGCGUGUAUGCAGAUAUAUUUAUAAAUGUAUAUUUUUAUGUCUGCAGAAACAGAAUCUGUGAAUUCUAUAUGAUAAAGAAUGACAUCAAAUGCAGUUUUGUUAUGUGUUGUGCUUUGCAAAUGUAUGUGAUGUCGCCAACAUCUAAAAGAGACCAAGGUUGAUAAGUCAAAUGAAUUUUGGUUAAAACGAAAA